CUACUGCGCUCUCUGAGGAUGUGGAUGCUGUUGAUCUGCGGCCCACACUUUGAGAAAUACACAAGUGACAGCUGUGGUGGAAAGAACUCCAAUCCAGGAAUCAAAACGUGUCUUCACAUUGUGGCCAUGGAACUUGGGGGUCUUGCUUUGUUGCUCAGGCUGGAGUACAGUGGUGCAAUCUUGUCUCACUGCGGCAUCGACCUCUGGGGCUUAAGCCACCCUUGCACUUCAGCCUCCCAAGUAGCUGGUACUACAGGGGAUGCAACAACAAGGUGCCAUCUUGGAAGUAGAGACCAGGCCCUCACCAGAGACCAAACCUGCUGGUGCCUCGAUCUUCAACUUCCAGCCUCCAGAGUGUCAUGGUUUCUGGAAGAAAAGACUCAAGAUGUUCUCAGUAGCUGCCGUUUUCAGACAUCAUGAAAGUCUUCUCCUACCCUCUAUAAAAACAAACAAACAGUAAAACUCUACAAAGGAAAAGCCCACAAAAACAUGCUGACUUUAGAAGAAUCCAUGAUUUGGAAUAUUUUUAUAAAUAUCUAAGAAAACAGGAGUCCUUUCCAUAUAUAUGUUCCUUGGAGAUACUUUCCAUAUAUAUAGUCCUUGGAGAAUCCAGUUUUUAUGAGAAAGGUGAUUUCCAAAAUCUCUUACACUUUACAAUUUCGAUUUUGGCCUGAGCAUAUCUCUCGACUGAUCUACCUACCUACAUACUGAUCUAUCCUGGAUAGAGCACUGGACAAAAGGUAGGCACUGUUUACAAUCCACUGACAAGAAAACACAUGAAGAAGCAAAUCCCACAGCGCUCUGAAACCUGGAAGAGAUGGGUUCUACAUGGGUCUGAUGGGAUUACUGUACUAACCAGCCUCCGAAUAUCCCGCUCCGACUCCCACUUGAUCUUCGAGAUGGCUUCUUGGUGGGACUGAUGCUCACUCCGAAGGUCCCCAGCCUUGAUUUUAUCUGCUUGGAUCAUAUUGCUCAGAGCCUCGUCCACCUGCUUCUUGGCCGUUUUCAGGUCCGCAAUUUCCUGUAAGAGCUUAAGGCGCUCUGUGUCAAACAGUUUCCGGGCCUCCUCCCGGGCCUCAAUGGUGAGCGCUGUCCUUACUUUGUCACUGCUGCCGUCGCGGAGAGCACAGAGAGCAGACUUGAGCCUCUGGAUCUCUCCGUCACGUACCUUCACCGUCCUUGACAUUUCCUGCUCGUGCUGCUUGAUAAGGUUCUCCCUCACAGCCUGCAGCUCCUUCAUCUUCUCUUCAUGGAGCUUGGCUUUGAGUUCUGUCACCAGCACCGUGUGCUUGCGCUGCUCCAGCUCACGAAUCCUCUUCGCUUCUUGAGUCUUCUCUCUUUCAAGCUUUGAUACCUAAAAACAGAGAGGCGAAAGGAUGAAGAGAAAUGAGCCUCAAAGGACGGGUGUGCUCCUAGGCAAGAUUUGCAGCUCAGGCCGCUGUGAUCUCUUAAUUCCUCAUCUCUUUUCCAAUUCCAGGCCCUCUGAGAAAAAAGAACUACAGGCCUUGAAGCUGGGAAUACAGUGUGUAAAAGGAGGAAAUACCUGAGGAUAUUUAUAUUACUUUGUUCAGAUGAAUAUUUGAUGUUCUGGGGCCUUACUAUGCAAUGUGUGGUCUGCAGACAAGCAGCCUCGGUAUCACCCAGGAAGCAUGUUAGAAGCACAGAAUCCCUGGCUUAGCCCCAGAUCUAUGACUCAGAAUUUGCAUUUUAACAAAUCCCCAUGCGAUUUAGUAUACGCAUUAAAAUUAGAAAGUAUCGCUAUCAUGGUUUUUCCCUUUACGGGGAAGGCUGCAAAGCAGAUCGCCUGGAGAGCCUUUUAGACUACGCAACCCUAGCUAGAUCCAAACUGAUAAAUGUGUGUCUUAGAAUAGCUCACAGUUUGAUAUUGUGAUCAGGCUAAUAAAUUAGUGCCUCAAGUGAUAUUAUUGAGCAUCCCCCUCCCUCUUUUCUUUCUUUCUUUCUUUUUUUUUGAAGAGAUGCUGCUGCUGCUAAGGAGGUGAAAAAUGAAGACAGUUGAUAAUAGCUUCAACCUUACCUUUCUUAGUAUGGCAGGUUAGUUUCAUCCCCAAAUUUUACACACAC